GAAGAGCGUUUUCGUGGCGUCAGGCACAUUCGGUGCAGGACAUGGAGGACACCUUUCAGCUGGUGAGGAGCGUCAUCCCUCCGCUAACGGCCACGAAGCACAAGGGGCAAGAUGGAAGGAUAGGCGUGGUUGGAGGCUGCCAGGAGUACACUGGAGCCCCGUAUUUUGCAGCAAUCUCGGCUCUCAAAGUGGGUGCAGACUUGUCCCAUGUCUUCUGUGCCAGGGAGGCUGCGCUUGUGAUCAAGUCCUACAGCCCGGAGCUGAUCGUCCACCCAGUGCUUGACAGCCCUAAUGCGGCUCUUGAGGUGCAGAAGUGGCUACCCCGACUGCACGCCCUCGUCGUUGGGCCUGGCUUAGGUAGAGACGACGCCCUCCUCAGAACCGUCACGGACAUUUUGGAGGUGUCAAAGGCCAGGGACAUCCCCAUAGUCAUCGACGCGGAUGGCCUGUGGCUGGUUGCCCAGCAGCCGGCCCUCGUCCAGGGCUACCAGAAGGCCGUUCUCACUCCCAACCACAUGGAGUUCAGCAGACUCUAUGAAGCUGUGCUCAGCAGCCCUGUGGACAGCAGUGACCGCCAUGGGUCCGUGCUGCGACUCAGCCGAGCCCUGGGCAACGUGACGGUGGUACAGAAGGGGGAGCAGGACGUGAUGUCCGACGGCCAGGAGGUGCUCGUGUGCAGCCAGAAGGGCAGCAGCCGCAGGUGUGGUGGGCAAGGAGACCUGCUGUCAGGCUCCCUGGGUGUCCUGGCACACUGGGCACUCCUCGCUGGACCCGAGAAAACGAAGAGGUCCAGCCCCCUGCUGGUGGCCGCAUUCGGCGCCUGUGCGCUCACAAGGCAGUGCAACCACCAGGCGUUCCAGAAGCACGGCCGUGCCACCACCACCACCGACAUGGUUGCAGAGCUCGGGGCCGCAUUCAGCACACUCUUCGAAGGCUGAGCCGCAGCCUGCCGGGUGAAAAGCACAAGCACGUGGGGUGUCAAGGGUUCGGACAAUAUGGUAACAAUGUAGUCAGAGGCCGGCCCACACUAGAUGAAUUCCUGAGCUCUUCUGGGCAGUCAUGAAGAACCAGUGCACCCAGGAGGAGGACGAGCUCCUGCAGCAGUCUCGCCGGACUCCCACGGGCUCAGCCUGCAAAGGCCUGGCCCGGGCAGGGUGACCCCGUGCUCUCCACCGUGUCCCCCUUCCUGUCCGCUGUCCCUCCCAAAAGAAGCAGUCUUCUACGUCCGAGCGUGAGGUCUGGCCUUGUUUAACUGAGGACCGCCCAAGGGCUUGGCGCUUGUAGGCAGGGUUGUAAGUGGCGAUCAGGUUGUUGGUGGCCCUUACCGUACAGCCGUCUCUUGGAAUCACCAGGUUAGUCUCCUGGAAUCCUUUCAGAGGCACCUGGGGCUGUAGGAAUAGGACACCAAGUGCCACACCCGCAGGGCAGGUGGGAGCUAGGGCACUCCCAUGGGGCACCCACCGUGCCCAUCCGUACGACACCCAGACAGCUCGCUAACAGGCAUGACUCAGACACCCUGACUUGGCCACCUUGGGACAGAGGAGACAGGCUUGCUGGGUCUGGCAGGGCACACGCGCUGAGGAGGCCGGAGGGUAUCAAAGGUCAUUGUCACAGGCUGCUGGACAGCUGUGUGCUCGGGAGUAUCCAGCCUGCAGAACUGUCUCAGUAGACGGUGUCUGCUCCAUCAGCCUGGGCUGGCUCUUGUUGGGUUGCUCUGCCCACCCUGGGCCCUCGGUGGGGCUUGUACUGCUGCCCAGCAUGGUUCGGGGCAGCCUUCUGUAAGGGCCUCUCUCUGUCUUCUCGUCCUUGGAGGUGGCUACUCAGGUGAGGCCCCUGGUUCUACUACCCCCACGCAGGUUUCACUUUAAGUCACCAACUUUCAAGACUAAAAAAGGUCGCCGUUAUUUUGUGAAAUGUUGGAAGUUUCUCUGAACAGGCAGACUUCCCUAGGGAUAAACUGUCUCACUAAAAGGCAGGCCUGGUUUAUAUGACCACCCGUUCUGCUUUCCUAAGUGAGGGUGCUGUCAGGUGUGGGGAGACCAAGAUGUGUUAGCCUAGGGUCAGUUUGGCGGCGACCUGUGCGUGCCAGGUGUGCUUGGGAUCCUGGCUGGCUGGGUCACAGCCGGGGCUGCUUGGGGCACUUGUCUCUCAUGAAAAAAUACACUUGAAAAUUUGC